AUGAUGCGCCUCUUCAAUCGGUUCUAUGUGCUAUGCGGUCUUGCCGCUUGUACGAUGCUUUACUCGGCGUGGUUUUUGACGUCACGCAAUUUCGGGGAUAUUGUACCGCUUGCCAGUGAAGAGUAUCAUACGGCGCCGGAGUUUGGGGAACGAUUGGUUGUCUUUGGAGAUUCGUGGAGUGAUAAUGAGACGGAGGACUUGCAAGGGAAGGUGUGGACUGAUUGGCUUUGCGAAAAGUUCUCAUGUCACCAGGAGAAUCUCGCCGAGACCGCUAAGUCUAGUUUCAGGGGUAAGUACACCGGCUCGGUCGUCGACAACACGGAGUUGGAUGUACUAGACCGUGUGUCUCAGACAAAACUGAAAGACAUGAAGACGCAGCUCCAGCACUGGUUGGCUGCGGAGAUGAAAACGGUUAAGGGAAUGUCGGAUGAGGACCUUAAGUCUCGACAAGACAGAACGAUAUUCGUUGUCUCGUACGGAGUCUGGGACAUCUGGAGUCUUGUCUCGAAGGAGUACGGAUCCGCCUGUGAAUCCGUUGACCGCCGUAUCAAGACGAUCAUGAAUCAACUGAACAUCCUUGCCGAGACAUGGGGUUCUGAUAACCUCAAGGUGAUCCUUACGCAGUCUGUUGAUGUGACGUUUCUGCCUGCUUUUCUGGCUGCCUACCCUUCGCAGGGAGAAGAGUAUAAGACUGCGGUUAAGAUUCUAGCGUAUUGGAAUGCGAGGUUGAAGGAGGCUGCUAAACCUUGGGAGAAGGGAACUGUCUAUCUAUUUGAUACGAAUGCAUUUCUGUUGGAUCGCAUUCGCGAUUGGCAGUAUUUUGCAGCAGGGAUUACGGCUCAAGACGGCUUGGGAUCGAACGAAGAUCCUGGUUGGGAGAAUGUUGCAAAUGGCUGUGUUGAAUCAGAAGGGGGAAUCACGGCCAUGGUUUCAAGCAAGAAGAACAAGGCGCCGUGCGAAAACCCGGAGAAGUACCUGUUUUGGAAUGAAAUGACUAUGGGCCCCUCUGCCCACCGCCUGAUGGCAUCAGAGGUGUAUGACGGAAUCAAUGGAGUCUUGUUGAACUCCACAGAGGGAGCGCAACUGCAACAGCCAGAGGAAGAGGAGAAAUCAACGGAACCAGGAUCAACGGCUCCGGAGACCAAGGUCAGACCUGAUCCACCCACACACCACAAACGACGGAGGUUCGCAGCAUAG